AUGAGUGAUGUGGCAGCUGAUUAUUACGAGAACCUAUUUAGCGAACCUGAAGUCUAUCGUCCUCAUCCAUAUACUGAUAUUCCUUGCAGAGCUGACUGGGAUAAUGAAGAUGAGGU